AUGCUGUGUGAAAAGUACUAUAUGAGCCAGAGGCCGUCCUUGGCAUUGUGGCAGCGUGGCAGGGACAAGAGCCGAACCUGGCGUCUGGAGGACUGCCGGGCAAGCGGCUUCCAGGAUGCCGAGGCGAGUGAGGAGCCGGGCGACUCGGAAUCCGGAGCAAGGAUCGUGGAGGUCCCCUCGUCGGAUGAGGAGCUGGUCCAUUUUUUGCAGGACAUGGAGGCAGCAGCGGAUCCAGGAGAGGUGCCGAACUUUGAGAAGUUGAGCGCGGCAUUCCAUGCUGCAAAAAAAGACAAGGCGAUCGAGCAAGAGCUGGGAAAGGCCAAUGUCGCUGUAAAAAUGGAGCGGCAGGACGAGGCAGACGAGCAUGCUACGGAGGCCCACAAGAUCUUCAGCAGCUACAAGGAUAUGGAGGUGGAGGACGACCUCAUGGACAAGGCGAAGGAUUGGAGGAAAGAGCAGCAGCCUCCUUGGAAGGAGACCGGUGAGGCCACCAGCGCAGCUGCAGCUGUGGCGGCGUAUGAGGAAGCUCCAUAUGAUGCCCCGUGGCGGAAGGAGCCCAAGAAGGAUGCGGCCUGGAAAGGGAAAGUCUGGCUGCAAGCCCAGAUGGAUCAAUUGAAGAAAGAUGGGCAGUGGAUUGGAGGUGAGCCCAGUGUCGCACACAAGGCAAUCCGGAUUUCACAGGAGCGACUUACCUUGGGCGCUGGAGCCGCCCCGAAGGCUGCAUCGAGCCCACCUGCCGAGAACACCGAGAACCCCGAGAACCAGAACGAGAAGGACGACGAGGCCCCCGAGGACACACUGGAUUCACUCGGGACAUGGACAGCCAUGGUCAUGUCAGCUGAAUCGCUAGUGAUUGCUCUUCGGGCAGGCUUUGCAACGUUGCGAAGAGCAGAGUUUGCAUUCCAGGCCGACCAGAGGGCCAACCAGAAGGGGGGCGACGGCGAGCAGGGGGAGGGGGACCAGGGAGACGGCGGCGUGCCGAAGUGA